ACCAUGUGUCAUUCCCUAGAGUAUCAUUUCUUUGUUUAGUGGUUGCGCAUGAGAAGUCCCAUCAAUAUGGAUAAAGUUCAAAAGCUUUCAAACAAAGAAUCUUAUUCUCAAGAGAAUGAUGACAUGCGGGGGGCUAUUCUUCUGACCACGCCUAGACUUUUGCUUAAAGUCUGGUUUUUGACCGACUUCAGCUUUAUAUAGCCACCCAUAUUCUUCUCGCUUCUUGUACAGCUAGUUCUCCGACUGUGACAAUUCAAGAAUCGUUAAAAAAAACACCCCAAACUGAAAAGCAAACAUAGAUGGCUAACGAGUCAAGAGAAAACGAACAGAUCAUCCUAACAUGUAUAUUCGUAUUUUCUGUGUUGGCUAUUCUGGCAAAUGCUUUGGUAAUUAUUCUUGUACUAACUUCAAAACGCCUUCGUACCUAUGUGAACGGCUUUCUUGUCUCUCUCGCUGCCUCAGAUAUUUUAAUCAACAUUUGUGUCGCUUUUCCGUUUGUGUUCUUCAGCUGGGAAAAACAGCAUAUUAAGAUAGCAACAACGUUGUACAAAUAUUUUUUAGCUUCUGCUUCGAUGUCUGAGCUUGGUAAUCUAUGUGCUGCGACAUACGAGCGGUAUUUGGCCGUGGUGAAGCCAUUCCAGUACAAAACACGGAUCAAGAAGUAUUUUUGUAUCAUUAUACCAGUUGUGUGGCUUUCUUCCUUCUUGGUUAGUUUAAUCGUAUUUUUACAUUACGCCGAUCUUAAGAAGUCUGUAAAGAAAAUGAUYGUGAUACCAACAUUAUUAAUCUUUGUACUCCUUCCUCUAUUCAUCAUCAUUAUUUUUUAUCAUUAUAUCUUUGUAAGUUUAGUCAAACAAAAAAAAACUAUACACACUCUUGGGUCAAUCCAUCCUCAUGUUCUUCACCAGCGAAAGAAACGAGAAGUGAAACUUGUCAAAAUGUUUGCUGUUGUGGCCUCGUUGUACAUUUUUAGUACAAUACCAGGACUUCUACACGAAAGUGUUGGAGAAAUCAGGAAUUUCACUUUGCCAGGUUGUACGACAAGUUUUGCUCUUUUUUUAUCGUAUUUUGGUAUCGUUCUGUCUUCUCUCGCCAAUCCAUUCAUCUACACUUUUAGCAAGCAAGAUUUCAGGCAACAAAUCAAAGUGAUUUUUAAGAACAUUCCUCAGUGUAAAAUGUGGGACCGGCAGACAUGACCAAGUUUUCAUCGUUUCCCUGCAUUUGCAAAUCUUGUAGUCACCAAAGUAUUCUUUUAUUUAUCUACAAGUUGGAGAUUUUUGCGAUUCUUUUCACUAAUUCAAGAAUUUUUCGCUUGUCAACUCACGUUUGCCGUAAAUGAGACAGUCACUCUCUCAAUAUUAARUAUUUCACAAGUCCGGACAAUUUCCCUGGCUGGGAGGAUGUUAAAUGUAUAGAUCGUGACACAUAGACCACGGUUUUUUCAACUUUUUGCAUAGACUAGUUACCAAAAAUCCAUCGAUAAUGCUGGAAAAAGCACCUCAAACUUAGAAARUUUACCAGGUUUGAGAGUGAUAUAUUGGAAGCAGGCGAAGAUAUGGCCAUGYAAACUCACGAAAUUCUACGGACGU